UGUACAUCAUCAAAACUGUUUUAUUGGCCAAUCUAUCCAACAAAACUGUUUUUUACUGAGAGAGAGAGAGAGAGAGAGAGAGAGAGAGAUGGAGGGGAUACAGCACAAGACGGUAACCGUGAACGGCAUAAACAUGCACAUCGCCGAAAUGGGCCAAGGCCCAGUGGUCCUACUCCUCCACGGCUUCCCCGAGCUCUGGUACACGUGGCGCCACCAGAUCCUCUACCUAGCCUCCCACGGCUACCGCGCCGUCGCCCCCGACCUCCGCGGCUACGGCGACACCACAGGCGCCCCGCCCGGCGGGGCCGCGUACACGUCCCUCCACGUGGUGGGGGACCUGGUGGCGCUGCUCGACGCGGUCGCGCCGGGAGGUGAGAAGGUGUUCCUGGUGGGACACGAUUGGGGCGCCAUGAUCGCUUGGGCUUUUUGCCUCUAUAGGCCCGAUAGGAUUAAGGCUUUGGUGAAUAUGAGUGUGGUUUUUACUCGGAGGAACCCUGUGAGGAAGCCUUUGGAAGCAUUGCGUGCUGGAUAUGGGAAUGACUAUUAUAUCUGCAGAUUUCAGGAACCUGGGAAAAUAGAAGCUGAGUUUGCUGAGAUGGGAACUAAAAGGGUUCUGAGGAAUUUUCUGACCUACAGGAAUCCUGGUCCACUGUUUCUACCUGAGGGAAAAGGGUUUGGAGAUUCUCCUGAUGCUCCGAUUCCCCUUCCCUCUUGGUUGUCAGAAGAAGAUCUUGACUAUUACACUAGCAAAUACGAGCAGAGUGGGUUUACCGGAGGUUUGAACUACUAUCGAGCUUUGGAUCUAAAUUGGGAACUAACAGCGCCAUGGACAGGGGCUCAAGUGAAAGUACCAGUGAAAUUCCUAGUGGGUGACCUUGACCUGACCUAUAAUUCACCUGGCACCAAAGAUUACAUAAACAAGGGAGGGUUCAAGAAAGAUGUUCCAUUCUUGCAGGAAGUAGUGGUACUGAAAGGUGUAGCCCAUUUCAUCCAUGAGGAGAAGCCUGAGGAAAUCAACAAACACAUUCUUGACUUCUUCCACAAGUUCUCAGCUUCUUCUCCAUGUUCUGUGGCUUAAAGCGGGUGUUCCUGUCAUUGUGUAUUUUUCGUUAUUUGUGAUUAAACGAGUGUUUGUGUGAUCGUGUGUUGUUAUAUUGUCAUCGUGCUCUUCUAAAGUUUCAGGAUAAUUAAUUUAAUAUAACCGAAGGGUUUGUAAGCUAAUCUUGGACAAGUUAAUAUUAAUCGACAUUGAUAUCGAUCUAAAUAAAACUGUCAUUUUCUGCCAAA